AUGUAUCGGUCUUCAGCUGAAUCUGCAAAAGACGAUCUCCACGCGAACAGAUGGGUCUCGGAUGCCCCAUUCAAGCUCAACGGAACUAACAUAUCCGAAUGCACCAGCUGCGUUCGUCUGAGUCGGGAAUUGGACAUGAGGAACGACCUGACCCCCGAGCAGAGCAGGAGGAGACGAGCGGCUGGGGGAGUGUAUAAGAGCAUCGAAGAUGUAGUGAAGACCAGAAACACCCGACUCUGUACUCUCCUCUUCCACACCACAGCAAUUCCUGCUUUGACCUUGCUAUGCUUCAGAAACCUGGCCACUUCGCAAGCAGGAAGAAAAUGCGGUGAGCAUCAUCGAACGCUCAAUCGAAAGAGUGAUGCUAGGAGUAUCCCGUUUCAUGCGAGUGAGUGA